UAUUUGAUUAGGGUUUCAAUUUCGGUUUUGAUUAGAGUUUCGAUUUCGGUUUUGAUCAGGGUUUUGAUUUGGGUUUCAAAUUAGGGUUUCAAAUUAGGGUUUCGAUCUGGGAUUCGAUUUCAAUUUGUUCUGCGAUUUCAAUUAGAGUUUCGAGUUUGUAUUGCGAUUUUGGGUUUUGAUUAGGGUUUCGAUUUGGGUUUUGAUUAGGGUUUCGAUUUGGGGUUCGGUGUUUCUGUUGGUUUCGAGUAGGCUUUUGAUUUUGUAUUUUCAUUUCGGUUUCAAGUUAGGGUUUUGAGUUUUUCAAUCUUAAAGCUUCUUCUGUUUCUCUUUCUGCAGAUGUCAGAAACGUGAGAUCCCAAUUGAGAGCCGCUUCAAUGCCUCCUGCUAGGACUCAUGCUUCUUCUCAACCAACAAGACCUCCUGGAGUGGUCGGCUCUUCAACUUCAUCUGCUGCUCCUCCUCAUCCUCCUCCAACCUAUGCGACGAGAACAGAAGAGGCUCUGCUACGUGCUCCAAUCCGAAUUAAUCAGCCACACCUCCAUCCUGAUAAGAUCAAUGGAGCAUUGUGGAUCGGAGUUGAUCCUGAAGUCUAUCAUGAUUUUAUAAAAGCAACAUGACAGGGAAACUUCUGGGGGGCGUGGCAAAUCUGGUUAAAGGUUCCAGUGGAGAAGAUAACAAGUUGGUGGCACUCAUUCAUUGCAAGUGAUCGUGAACUUCCAUUCCCAUUCCCAUUUCCAUUAUUAAUUACUCCUUAAUAUUUUGCUUCUAAUUAGUUCUCUUCUUUUGUAGCAACAAUACUACUGGGAAGACCCAUUUCAUGAAGAAAUCUACUUCAAAUGGAAGCUUCAGACUCAAGUGACUAUCUGCGGACGCAUCAGCCAGAAAAGACAAAAGAACAAGCAGCCAAGUUACGUCAGUGCGACUGACUGGGAAGCGAUCCUUGUGAAUUGGUCCACAGCUGAAGCAAAAGCCAAGAGCCAAUCAGCAGCUGAAUCUCGUUGUGCUGCUCCUCCAGGGCUGAAGAUGCACGUCCAUGGUGCAGGACCACGCACCUUUGCAAAUAUUGCGUAGAACAUGGUUGUUGAGGAAGGUCUGGAGGGACCAGUUUCAUAUCCCGACCUUGUGAGGAAGACUCACUGCCGUAAAGAUGGGAUCUUCCUUGACGAACGAGCAGAGGCACUGGUUCCGGAGGUUGAGCAAGCGGUUGAAGAGAUGCUACAAGAUGGAUCUCCUCUUAAUGAUAGCCAAACUGAGUCAACGGCUGCCACAAAAACUUCAAAGCGCCUUCUCCUAAACGAAGAAUACAUCAAGCGUGGACAGACACGCAAGGGCACCAUUUAUGGUCUUGGCAAUCUUCAGUACAAGAACAAGCGUCCUUCUGAGUCUGUCCCUGCUGCACUCAACCGAGAGAUAAACAUGGAGACGCAGGUUUCUGGCCUGGAGACUCUCACACAGGAAAUCAAGUCUGAUGUUCAUGCUUUGAAGACUGACUUCAAUGAAGGCACAACUAGAACUCAGUCAACUCUCAACAUGAUUCUGUAACUUCUUCAGCCUCAAGCUUCUGCUGCACAAGCAAGUCAGUCUCAGCAUCACUCUCCCUCUCAUUCUGCAGCUCCACCUCAAGGUCAAGCUCAACCUGACGGUCACAGUCAAGCUCUAACUCCACCUCACGAUCAGCCUCAAGCUCCAGGUGAUGCACAACCUCAACAUCUCAUCACCACGAACAAUUCUGCUUUUGAUAGGUGGUGUAAUGAACUUGGAUUGUAGGUUUAGAUGUGGCUGUUUAUGUAUUAUGGUUUCAUGUUUUGAACCUUUCGAAUGUUUGAAUGUUUAUCUUUUGAAUGUUUUGUGGAUCUUUGAACUUUUAGGAAGCUAAUGUAAUAUAAAUUCUCUUUCUGUUCUAACUUCUUUUUUAAUUGUUCAGAAUCAAAACCAAAACCCAGGAAAAUCGGACCAAAAGGAAACAAAUAAAAUGAAAAAUUUGUUCCCAUUUCGUUGCAAUAUGUGACGAAAUUAUCGUAGCAAAUUCGUGGUAAGUUGCCACGAAAAGGACGUAGCAACAUCGUAGCAAAUUUGCCACGAAACGGUCGUCUCAAAACGUAGCAA